AAUGACUCUGACAAAAAGACAUGUCUAUCGUGCACCCAGUGAACCUUUAAGCGUAAAUGACAGUAGCAGUGGAGCAGGUAUCCACUGCGGUCCCCGCACGUCUCCCGACUCUUCCCCUCACCAAUUUAAGCAAGUAGCUACUCUUCUUUGAUAGCCUGUGUCUUCGAUAUAUGUAUUUUUUUGUUUCCACGUUUCUCAAUCUCUCAUGGCUUCCUUUUCUUCUUCAUGGGCAUGCGGUGUUGUUCUUGCUUUGUUGCCUUCUUUCUUUUUUCUUGCGCUUGCUGCAAGCAAUGUUUAUAUUAUAUAUAUGGGAGAGAGACAUACUGAUCAGCCAAAUCUACUGGAGGAUUCUCAUCAUCAAAUUCUUUCAGACAUUCUUGGAAGCAAAGAAUCUGCCAAGGAAUCCAUUUUAUACAGCUACAAACAUGGGCUUUCAGGAUUUGCUGCAGUCCUCAGUCAGUCUCAAGCCAAGCUUAUUGCAGAUGUCCCUGGAGUUGUUCGUGUAGUUCCAAAUAGAAUUCUAAGUCUGCAUACCACUAGAAGCUGGGAUUUCCUGCAUGUAGAGCCUCAAAUUGUGGAUGGGAUUCUUUCAAAGAGCCAUUCAGGCAUUGGGACUAUCAUUGGUGUCAUGGAUACUGGUAUUUGGCCAGAGUCUGAAAGCUUCAAAGAUAAGGGCAUGGGAAAGGUUCCAUCUCGAUGGAAAGGGAUAUGCCAGGAAGGAGAAGGAUUUAACCGCUCCCACUGCAAUAGGAAAAUUAUUGGUGCUCGUUGGUAUCUUAAAGGAUAUGAAGCUGAAUUCGGAAAGCUUGAUCCAAAUGAUGGGGUUGAGUUCUUGUCUCCUCGAGAUGCUUCGGGCCAUGGUUGUCACACCUCAUCUACUGCAAGUGGUGCUCUAGUAGAAAAUGCAAACUUUAGGGGACUAGCCCAAGGAUUAGCCAGAGGAGGUGCUCCUUCAUCUUGGCUAGCUAUCUACAAAGUUUGUUGGGCUACUGGUGGCUGUAGCUCAGCUGACCUUCUUGCAGCAUUUGAUGAUGCAAUCUUUGAUGGUGUCAAUGUUCUUUCAGUAUCUUUGGGCUCACCUCCUCCACUUUCUACCUAUGUUGAUGACGCAUUGGCUAUUGGUUCCUUCCACGCUGUAGCAAGAGGAAUCUCUGUUGUAUGCUCUGCUGGCAACUCUGGUCCUUAUCCUCAAACUGUCAUUAAUACUGCUCCAUGGGUUAUAACUGUCGCUGCAAGCACCAUUGAUCGAGAUUUCCCUGCUGUGGUCACCAUGGGGAACAACCAAACUGUUGUGGGUCAGUCUUUUCACACAGGAAGGGAAGUAAACAAGUUUCAUCCUAUCGUGUAUGGAGCAGAUAUUGCAGCCACUGACGUAGAUGAAAACAGUGCUGGAAGUUGUGAUUUGGAAACUCUGAAUGCCACUUUAGCAAGAGGAAAAAUAGUUCUUUGUUUCCAAUCUCGGUCACAGAGGUCAGCUGUCAUUGCUUCAAGAUCUGUACUCAAGGUUAAGGGUGCUGGUGUUAUCUUUGCACAGUUUCCUACUAAGGAUGUUUCUUGUCCGUGGAGUUUUCCCUGUAUCCAAGUGGACUUUGCUGCUGGGACAUCUCUGCUGACAUACAUCGCGGCAAGCAGAAAUCCUGGAGUCAAGUUUAGCUUCUCAAAGACGGUUACAGGGCAACAGCUAGCCCCAGAAGUAGCGUAUUUCUCAUCACGAGGACCUAGUUCCCUUUCACCAUCCGUGUUGAAGGUAUUGGCAUUCUUUUUCUUAAGAGAAGUUACAAGGCCCUUUUUAUUAACAUGUCAGUGCAUUCUUCAGCCAGACAUUGCUGCUCCAGGAGUUGAUAUAUUGGCUUCCUGGUCCCCUGCUUCUUCCUCCAAGCCACUAGAUUCACCUCAAAACAAAGAAUCUCCAGUUAACUUUAAACUCGAUUCUGGAACCUCCAUGGCCUGUCCCCAUAUAUCUGGCAUUGUUGCUCUUCUCAAAGGUAUCCAUCCUACGUGGAGCCCUGCAGCAAUUAAGUCUGCACUAGUAACAACAGCUUCUGUGACGGAUGAAUAUGGCCAAAAUACUGUAGCUGAGGGAGCACCCCACAAGCAGGCUGACCCAUUUGACUAUGGGGGUGGUCAUGUUGAUCCAAACAAAGCUCUAUCUCCCGGUCUCAUAUAUGACAUGGAAAUCUCUGAUUAUGUCUGCUUCCUUUAUGCAAUGGGCUAUAACAGCACUGCCAUCAGCCUAAUGACUAGGGUUCGCACCCCAUGUCGCAAAUCAGCCAAGUUCCUCCUGAAUCUAAAUUUGCCUUCUAUCACUAUACCUGAGCUUAAGCAGCGGUUGACUGUCUCUAGAACAGUUACAAAUGUUGGUCCAAUAAAUUCUGUUUACUUUGCUCGUGUUCAAGCUCCCGCUGGCGCUCACGUAACCGUCAAGCCAUUGAUUUUGUCAUUCAAUUCCACAACAAAGAAGCUGAAGUUUAAGGUUACCAUCUGCUCGCAACUGAAAGUUCAAGGAAGAUACUCAUUUGGAAACCUGUACUGGGAAGAUGGUAUUCACGUAGUAAGGAUUCCGCUGACUGUUCGAAUUAUCAUUAACGAUUAUUUCUACACUGAAACAUGACCAUGACUGCUAUAGGUUUUGUAUCACUGAAUAAAUUUGAACUCAUAGCAUCAAUAAUUGUUCCUUGUCCGGUUGCUGUCAUCCUUCAAAAUGUACUUGAUCUGAUUCAAUGCACACAAAAGCAAA